GAAUCUCUCCCUCUCUCCCUCUCUCUCUCCCUCUCUCUCUCCCCUCCAAAUCCUAACGAGGAGAGAAAAACCCAGAAGUCGGAUUUACAUAAACCAAGGGCAGCCCUAUAGACAGGACAAUUGUGACUAUUUCCACAUAAAAAUACCCUUGUUCACUGCUAAAAACAGGUGUACCUUGUUCUUGAAAUAGCUUAAACAACACAGAGCCAAAACUGUCAUUAGUGAAAGCUGUUGCAUUGACAGACAGGAAAGAAAACAAACGAAGAAAGCGAUCUCCCACAUAAACAAAAAGCAAUUCUCUCUCUCUCUCUCUCUCUCCUUCUCUCCUUCUCCUUAAUUGUGUGCAAAUGCAGAUAUGUAUCGACAAAAUACACUAUACCUCUUCUCUCUCAUCAUCUUUCCCUUUAGGAGGAGGCCCGGCCAUUCUUGCGUUCUCCGCCUAGUGGGUUUGGCUUGUUGAGUCAAUUGAGGAGGAACCCACAACUACAAGACGAACAACAACAGGGGGGGAAAAAAACCCCCAAGAAAUCUUUCUACAAUGGAAGAGUCAUCUGAAGUGCAUUCUGAAGACAACAAAGCCCUUCCAGAGAAAAGCAAGAAAAGAAGGUUCAAGACACCAUCUCAGGUUGAGGCUUUAGAGAAAUUUUACAUUGAAUACAAAUAUCCCUCGGAAGAAUUGAAAUCACAAAUUGCAGAGUCAGUAGGGCUGUCAGAAAAGCAAGUUUCUGGGUGGUUUUGCCACAGAAGGUUGAAGGACAAGAAACAGGAUGGUGAAACAGCUGCAACUGGAAGACAAGAUCGUUCAAGUAUCAUUGUACAAGACCAUGUCAGUGGACAUAGGCAGGAUUCAUGUGGCAGCACCAAACAAGGGGAUAACAAGGAUUUUGAACCUAGGGAGGUCGAAAGUAGAAGGUUUCUUGGCCAAGAUUUUUCAGCUCCUGGCCUUGCCUAUAAUCAUGGGCGUCCUCACGAUGGAGAUGACAGUGAUACAUCUUCGGGAAGCAGCUUGCCUUUACAACAUAAAUUUCGUAAUCAAAAUGAGGAUCCUUUGGAUAUGGCAACUUCAAGACACCUUCCACCCAAUGUCAACUUUGCGCCACUAAAUUCGAUGGGCAUAAGAACCAGAAUUGGGCCUUCAGGAUAUUUAAAAGUGAAGGGUCAGGUUGAAAAUGCUGCUAUUACCGCUGUUAAGAGGCAACUGGGGAGGCAUUAUCGGGAUGAUGGUCCACCACUUGGUGUUGUAUUUGACCUGCUUCCUCCUGGUGCAUUUGAGUCCUCAAUGAGGGAUCCAGUCAAUGAAGCUUCUGACCUUGGUGGUGCAGACCUUUGCCACUCCCCAGAUUCUCCUAGAAUCUGCAACCAACCUAAUUUUGGCAUGAGGUAUGAAGUAAAAGAUUCCAAGAUGACCUCACCCAACUCAGAGUUGGAUGGAGCUAGCUUCAAAAUUAUGCGUGGGCCAUAUGAACGAAACAAUAGUAAUCCUUUUCCCGGACGGAAAUUAUCAAUAGAACAGGAUGAAGGUUCUACUGGUGAAAUGUCUGGAUAUGGUAGUAAAACUUCUAAACGUGGCAGUGAAGGAAGGAGGAGAAUAGCUUCUGUUUCUAGCCACAAUCGAGGUCCCUAUGGCCUUCAAGUUACUGGUGGAGAAAAGAAGCCUUGGUCACAUAACUCUUAUUAUGUAAGCCCUGAGGACGCCCAUAGAGAACACUGUGAAUCCAAAUAUCCUAGCAUAGCCCUCAAGCCCAGCACAUCUACUCUUAUUGAGGAUAGACAGCUCUCUGGAAAGAUGGCUAAGGAUGAUAAGUACUACGGAGAGAGGAGAACUUUUAAUGAGCAUUGCAACUCAGCCAGUGCAAUGAUUCGCCCAACAAAUGAAACUAGGGCUGCCAAUAGAGAUCGGAGUGAGUUUCCACAGCAGCUGCAUGCAAAGAAAAGAUCAAUGUCUGAGGCACCGCAAUGGACAAAUCAGAUAAAAAGAUCGACAGUGGAGUUACCAUCUAGUUUCAGCGAGGAUGAAACUUGUUCUUCUGAGGAUUAAGAAAGCUGUAGAUGGGGAAGUUCAAAAGGGUCUUCUGAAGAUUAUCUCCGAUGGAGAAAGAGAGAGGGAACUGAGACCCGAGUGUAUGUCAUAAAAGACGUUCUUCGGCUGUAAAUUUCAAAAUGCUGUGUUUUAUGAUUCUUCAGCUGUAAAGCAAGUGGGACCAUUGUAAGUAGCACCAUAGAUGUUUCAGAUUCCCCUCCGGUGCCUACAUGUUUGUAGAUGAUGUACAUAAUUCGUUUCAUUCUUGUAGUAAAACACUUUGAUGUGCUCAUUUUUAUUGUUGGGUGGUGCUUCUGUCCUGUAGUAUAACAGUGAAACAAAGGUAACUGUUGUAACGUGCUCCUUAUGGUUCUGAAAAUUUUAUUGAAGUUCUAGAGGCUUGUAAA